CGGAAGAUGCUUCUCUGUAUUCUGCUGCUAUACACGACUAUUUAUGUUGAGGGGAAAUGUUUGAAGAAUCAUUAUUACGAUGGACUUCUCGAGGAGUGUCAGCACUGCUCCAUUAGAUGCAACUCCCCACCAAAUAUUUGCAAAACGUUUUGUUCCUCAAUACCGGAAAAUGAAGUUGAAAAGAAUCUAAAUAUUCGUUUUAUUUUGAUCGUGUUUUUUGUGUUCCUGGGAGCUUUCACGGCACUGACUAUUAUUCUACGAGUUAUACACAGAAAAAGCUGUAAGCCCAUCAUCAUGAACAAAGUGCUUUGUGAAGAACAGAAGAACUCGGAUGUCACAGAGCAAUCUGAAGAUACGGAUGAAACUACAACUGAUUUUCAGGACGGACUGAAUAAGCAUCACUACAACUCCAACCUGCCUCUUCCCUCCACUGAGGAAGGAACCACACUGCUGGUUACAACAAAAACAGUACAAUCUUACCACUGUAAUCCUGUCAUAUAUGGAGGAGAAACCAUGGAGGUUACGUAAAUCAUCAGACUCUGAAAACAUUUUGUUUCUUAUUAUCUGUGAUAUUACUUCACCAUUAAUCUGUGCAAACGGGAUAUAACUGACAUUUUAAUCUGAAACUGAAUUCUGUAUGCACUAAUAAUAAACACAGGACUGGAAUUUAAAUACAUGAACAUUUACCAUGGUUUAAUACAAAAAAGAAGAAGAAAAAAGAUUGUUUUAGUAACAACAAGGAAAAGACAAACUAUUAGAGUUGCUGCUAAGCUGAUCAUAG